ACCAUCACCGCCAUCAAUUGUGAGUUAGCAUAAGAAUCCGUUCAUGGCUUCUACCACCUUCGUUGCCGUACUCUUCCUCUGCUCCUUCCUCUUCCUGCUCGCUCCGACGCACUCCGAUGGCGCCGUCCCUCCUUCUGCCGCCCCCGUCGACCCUUCCGUCGCUUGCAACUCCUCCGUCGAUCCCAAGUUCUGCAGGAGUGUGCUCCCGCGGCGAGGUAGCCUCUAUGACUACGGCCGGUUCUCUCUGGCCAAGUCCCUCUCGGACGCCCGCAAGUUUUUCGACUUGGUCGGCCGCUACCUCGCCGGGCACUCGGCGUUGUCUCCGACCGCCGUCUUGGCCCUCCAGGAUUGCCAGCUCCUCUCGAGCCUCAACAUCGACUUCCUGACUUCGGCCGGGGCUGCAUUGAACUACACCGACACGCUGCUCGACCCUCAGGCGGAGAAGCUUCAGACCCUGCUCUCCGCGCUGGUGACCAACCAGCAGACCUGCUCCGACGGACUGCAGGCGACCGCGGGGGCGUGGUCCGUCAAGAACGGCCUCGCGGUUCCCAUCUCCAACGGCACGAAGCUCUACGGCAUGUCGCUGGCGCUCUUCAACAAGGCUUGGAAGAACAGGGGGCGCAGCAAGGGAAACCACUCUGCCUCAAAACUCAUCCCGCACCGCAGAGGGCUGCUCUUCCAUGAAGCUAAGGUUGACGGCGAUCGCCGGAUACCCCUGAGGAUGUCGGCCCCGAAAAGAGAGCUGUUCGAGAGGUGGAGCGGCCGGCGGCUGCUCCAGACCGUCACGGACACCGUUUUGGUGUACGAUGUUGUGGCGGUGAGCCAAGAUGGAACGGGGAACUACACCACCAUCACCGACGCCGUCAACUCGGCACCCAGUAACCUCGACGGGACCACCAACGGUUACUACUUGAUAUACGUCGCCGCCGGCGUCUACCAGGAGUACGUCGUCGUCGGGAAGCGCAAAACGUACUUGAUGAUGAUCGGCGAGGGUAUCAACCGCACCGUCGUCACCGGUAGCCACAAUGUGGUUGACGGUGGGACUACCUUUAACUCCUCAUCCUUCGCGGUGGUGGGACAAGGGUUCGUGGCCAUCAACAUGACCUUCCAGAACACGGCCGGUCCGGCCAAGGGUCAGGCCGUCGCAGUCCGGAACGGGGCCGAUCUCUCCACCUUCUACCUCUGCAGCUUCGAGGGCUACCAAGACACGCUCUACACGCACUCGAUGCGGCAAUUCUACCGCGAGUGCGACAUCUACGGCACCGUCGACUACAUCUUCGGCAACGCCGCGGUGGUCUUCCAGAGCUGCAACGUCUACUCCCGCCUGCCGCGACCCGGGCAGAGCAACACCGUCACCGCCCAGGGCCGGAGCGACCCCAACCAGAACACCGGCACCUCGAUGCUGUCCUGCAGAUUUCUCGCUGCCGACGACCUUGCCGCCGGAGGCGGCUCGACGAGGACGUACCUCGGCCGGCCGUGGAGGCUCUACUCGAGGACGGUGAUCGCGGAGUCGUUCGUGGACGCGUUGGUCGACCCGGCAGGUUGGCUGCCGUGGAACGGCAACUUUGCGCUGGAUACGUUGUACUAUGGGGAGUUCGGCAACACCGGGCCCAGCGCCGGCACGGCCGACCGGGUUACGUGGCCGGGAUUCCAUGUGAUUAGCGAAGGCGACGCGGCCAAUUUCACGGUGAGCAACUUCAUUCUGGGAGACAACUGGUUGCCGCAGGCAGGAGUGCCUUAUGACAGCGGGUUGCUCUAAUAGAUUAGUGAUUAGCCAAAGUGUAAACUUGAUUCAUAUUUGAUUCACGCUUAAAUAAUAAUCAAUUGGUGUUCUUUAAUGUGGUAGUCAAAUUAAUAUUGUCUUUUGUAAACGUUGAUGCACAUAAAAUAGAAUUUUGGGGA